UUGUAAUUUUUAUCCAGAAUCCAUGUGUAGUCGAGUUUUUGAAGUGUUGGUGUUAUGUAAGUAUUUAGUAUCAAUCUUUUCAGGUCAAUUGGUAAUGAUCUUAUAUGUGACAUCACAUGCAUCAUUGGUCUGGUUGCUUGCAUCAUUAGCUCGGUUGAUUCUUCCAAGUUGGUGUUCCAUGUGGUGUAAUGCUUCUUUCGCUUCGUCUUUCGAAUUGGUAAUAAUAAUAAUAUCAUCAGCAAAUGCGCAAAUUGUGAGUCAAAUAAUAAUAUAUUUGGGAGCCAUUCUUGUAUUCGAUCUGCAACCAAUUUAUCUAUUAGUUUUAAUAGAUAAUUUGGUGCUUUUACCACUCGAAGACUUUUACCAUCGGAUUUUUUGAUAAGUCCUGAGCCAUAAAUUCUCAUUCGUUUGGGUACGUAUGCCAUUUGGAAUAUC